AUGCUGGUAUAUGUGGUCAACAAUGAUGCCCUUGCAUUGAUUGUUGAAGACUUGGUCCAGAGUGACUUUUCGCAUCACACAAUUCAACACGAUGGCCUGAAUUACCAGAAUUAUUGCGGGUAUACCUGGAGCCUACCGCUGCCAUAUCGCCCCGUCGCUGAGGCAGAGCACUUUUAUCUGAACAACUGGGUUCACCAGCUUCGCGGCCAGCCUGGCCUUGAAAAACCUAAAGAGAAAUAUAACACGGAAUGGGAGGAGACGCAGAUGCUUCUAUAUUGCUUAAGCAUCGGCGUCUCAUACCUCGCAAGUACAACUAUAAUUACUGAAUUUCUCACUAGAAAAAGACCAUCCUUAGAGCAUCUCCAUCGAGAAAUUGAGAACAAACCGGCUUUUACUUGGGGAUCUCCGCCUACUCCCCGGCCCAUCCUUAAGUUAUGCGGUGACGUACUCGCUCGGGGCUACUCUUCGUGGGAAGAAGGUGAAAAGCACAUCUGGGAGUAUUUAGAGAGCCUGCAGCUAAGUGUAAAACCCCACCGGGUCAUGCAAGGGAACUCUCCGACGGCUUUAGAGAAGGUCGGGGAUAUCCUAAAAGACGUCACUUCCGGUAGCUUGACUAGAGCGCAAGGACUUGCAGCGACGUGGCCAAAGCUAGCACAGACAAUCGGUAUCUUCAACUAUCUAAAGGAUGCCUAUUAUAGAGAGUAUUUGGAUAUGGCUAGAGCGGACCUGCUUGCUGAGAUUCUUCGCACAGAGCAAUAUAAGCCCGGGCUUCAAGGUCUAGCGGCCAUGUUCCGGGAAUUCGAACAGGACUACUAUGAUCAUGCUGUCAAUACCACGGUGGAUUUUAUAGAUGUGUCAAUGGACAUGAUGUAUAAGAAGUUCAGUCUUAAUGAGAUGGGUUGCAGAACUAGGCUGUGA